UUCGCUUCCACAGUGGUCCGGAAGUAUGCCAGUUGGAUAUAUUCCUGAACAAGAAGCACUAAAACUGGAAGCUGGUUGUUUCUCUGAGGCACUAAAAAGUGAUCAGGGCUUGGAAGAUGACUAGCUGCGUUGACCUUCAUUCUCAGCUGGUGACCGUCAUGGAUGUCUUAGCCAAAGCGGCUGUGACAGACAUAUGUAAGCUUGUGGACGAUGGCUACGCGGUUUUACGCUUGGAAAUCUCUCGACGCCAGAAGGAGAACCAAACUCUAAAGAAGAGGCUGCAAAUCCUGGAGCUGAUGAUCGAGCGAGGCUAUGCAAAUCCAGAGGAUGAUCAAUUUCCAGAUGCUGCAAGAUCCAUUGACAGUCAGCCUGACAUCAGUCCCUGGAGAGACGGAGACCCAGCAGCUGUGGAUAAGUUUGUAGAGGAGACGGGACAGUUGGAACUGCAGUUCAUUAAAGAGGAGAGACUGGAUGGUGACCUCCAGGAUGAAGACCUCCAGGAUGAAGACCUCCAGGAAGCAGUGGAAAAGGGAGUUGUGAUGCUGGUUCCCACUGAUGGUGGGAAGUCUCCCAGUGCUUCGGAAGACAGAGCUGGCCUCUCUGGGUACCAGAGGAUGAAGCAGAAUGUUUGGGACAGCAAUGGAGCCGACUCUGUCCCCAAGGCAGAACCAGCAAAUGAGACCAUGACCCAGAGAGCCCAAUUCUCAGCAUCAGAAUGCAGUGCAGUGCCACUGAACGGCCUCCCUUACGAGUAUGUAACGUACGGGGGAACUAGCCAAGCGAAGACAUUCUAUGAUCAGUUGAACGUUGAAGCAGACAGGGAGGAGGACCCAAAGAGCCUUGUAAGGUGCUCAGAGCGGCGGCCUUUUCCUGUCACAAAGCUUUCUGGUAGCGUUUUUCCACCGUUACAGUCAAGUAACGUGAAACUUGCCAGUGUAGCAAUGAGCUCAGUGUCAAUUGACAUGGAAACUGAGGUAUGUCCAGCGUGGACUAAGGAGCCCGUUUCGGAAACUGCAUAUGUGCAACAGAGACAGUAUAAGGAGCACAAAGGCGACGCGGAAUCAGAGUUGGAAAAUGUCAACGGCAACCAGAUGAACCGGAGAGAGUCCGUGGCAGAGCCGCGAUCCUUCAACGUCAUCGACGUAAGGGAUGCAUUCAAUGGUAACGAAGGCAUCAGUCUUCCGAAAAUCCCUAAAACCAGUCGCACGAUUAGCACGAAAGAGAAAAGCUUCAUCUGUACGUACUGUGGUAAAUGCUUCAGUUGCCCCAAUCGUCUGAAAACGCAUCGGAGAAUCCACACUGGAGAGAAACCGUUCAGUUGUAACCAGUGCGGAAAGCGCUUUUCAGACUCGAGCAACGUCAAGAGGCAUCAGAAUACCCACACCGGCAAGAAGCCCUUCAUCUGCACGCUGUGUGGGCGUGGCUUCAGCCAGUCAGGCUGCCUUAUCACGCACCAGAGAGUCCACACGGGCGAGAAACCCUUCAGCUGCAUGCAAUGCGGCAAGCGCUUUUCCGACUCCAGCAACCUUAAGAGACACCAGAACACUCACGUUGUGAAGAAAGCGUGCAGCUGCCUGCAUUAGUGAGAAUUUUAUUUGCGCACAUGGACACUGGGGAGAGUAGGGGGUGGGGUUUGGGAGGGGGCGGAGUUUAUGUAGCUUUUGAAUGACAAGUAGCAGCAGGUUAAUGUUGCUCAUCACUGUUACAAGUUUACCACAGAAUGUUACUGCUAAUAGUACAUAAACAUUUUAACUUGUUGUCCAUUUAAAUGUUACAAUGUGUUAUAGUUUGCAUUACUGUAUUCCACAGUACAGUAAUUUUUUUAUAUACAUUAUUCAGUGCGUUUGCAGUGUUUUUAAUGAUUUGCAAGGGCUAGCGGGCAGCUCCCUGCUAUACAAUCAUACAGGAGUUCCCCCCCGUAUCAGCAGAUGGUACGUUCCAAGACCUUCCACAGACCCAGUUUGCUCAAGGGCCCACAGAUGUGACUAUUCUGCUUAAGCCAGGCUCAAUCCAGUGACCUUCCCAUCACUGGCACAGAGGCUUAGCCCGCUGAGCCACACUGGAGACAAAGACAGAAUAUCUGGAAAUAUACUGGAAUGUGUCCUUGGCUGUAGUAUUUAGGUGCCGUUGAGUCUGUGUUGUCCCAUAGCAACCCGGUGUACAACAGAACGAAAGCUGUCCAAUUCUGAGCUCCUCCACCAUUUCCUCCUUGUUUGAACCCAAAGUUGUACAGAGCCUUCCUCUCAUCUGCUUUCCUUGUACUUUACCGAACAUGAUGUCCAUUUUCAGAGAUUGCUCUCUCCUGACAACGUGUCCAAAGAAUGUGGGCCGCAGUUUGCCAUCCUCGCCUCUAACGAGCAUUCUGGUUGAACUUCCUCCAACGCAGAUCUGUUUGCUCUUUUGGCGGUCCAUGGUAUAUUCAGCAUUCUUCGCCAAUACCUUAACUUGAAAGCGUCCUUGGCUGUAGAAGCCAAGAACCUUUGUGGAGGACACCAGACAGGUUUGAGACACUAAGACAAACACACACACACUCACAGAUCCAAAGUGAGCACAUCUUCUCAUUUUCUUUUGUUUCAUAUUUCUACAGUUCUAUUAUACAUUAAAGAUAAUUUCCAUGGAA